AUGAGCUCCCAGGGCUUUUCGUUCCCUCCUCCGCCGCCGCCUCCGCCUCCGGCAGCGGCUCAGCAGCCACCCUACAACUCGGCGUCUCAUGGACAGCAGUCGGGUCGUUGGGCUUCUCGCGGCGGCGGGGCCCGAGGAGGCCGUGGCAGAGGACAUGGAAACAGGAGAGGACGCGGUGGGCAAGAUGGCAGUCGACCUUCAGCCUAUCCUUCAAACCCAGCAGGAUUCAACAAUCAUUCGCCGGUGAAUUAUGGGUAUCCUCCCCAACCGCAGCCGACGCUCUACAUGCCAUAUCCUCAGUCUCAAUCUCCGAGCUACCAACCUCCUCAGAACCCGUCUCCAUACGCAACCGGCGCACCUCCCCAAUCUUCCUCGCAACAUUCUUAUCAUAUUUAUAAUACCUCCUCUCAUCCACAACCGACUGCAUCAUACCCACAACAGCCAGCACCUGGAUAUUCAUCCGGUGCGCCAACAUCAACAAGCCCUAUGCAGUGGGGGGUUGACAUGCAGAGUGGUUAUAUGCCUACACAACAAGCGUGGCAGGCACGCUCACAUGGCACCAGUGACAGAAAGCCUCAACCGCACCAUCACCACAAGCGCGACCACUCGGCAGCAUUUGGCAAACCCCAGUCGACCGCACCGCGAACUCCAGCACCGCCUCCCGUGCCCAGCUUUGGCAAUCCCCUACCCUCGAAGCCGCCUGCAGUGGUCGAUGCUACACGCAAACUACCGAAGAAGAGAAAGCGAAAACACAACCAGCUAGGCCUGACCCCCAAGACGGACGAGCACGAAUCCAGUGAGGAGGACGACGUGGACGAAGAAUCGAAGCUGGCUGCCUCCGAUGCAGCCCCGCUGCAAUUUACCUACAAAGGACGCACGUCUACAUUGCAGUCGGCGACGGACAUUGCGGCAUGGAUCGCGGAGCGCCGAAAGAAUUUCCCUACUCAGACGCGAGUAGAGGAAAAGAAGAAGGUCGCCGAGGAGGCCAAAUCGAUCCGGGAGGCUGCCCGGGAAGCUGCUCGGCAGAAGACCAAGCCAGCGGCAGAUCCGGUCGAUGAGGCGAUGCGGGCGCAACAGAAGGCCGAGAAGUUGCGGCGCAACCUCGACCGAGAACAGAAACGGUUCGCCAAGGCCGAAGCGCAGGCUGAAGCGGCUCGUCGUCGGGUGGAGGCUCUAACGAAGGCGACUGAGACGGGCAUGAACCCAGAGGUGGCUGUGUCGGAGCAUAAUGUGGGAUCGCCGGUCGACGCCCACGACGCUACACAAGAGCCUCAUGACCUGUCCGGACUGUCCGAUGAUGACAGCGAUGACUGGACAUCGUCCAGCGGCUCUAGUAAUUCAUCCGAGUCGGACUCUGAUUCCGCACCAGAGGAGGUAAGCGCACGGCGCCACCAACCCGAGCGUGUGCCACCGCCACCCCGGGAUGGCCACAAGAAACCCACGGUGUGUCGCUAUUUCGGCCGACAUGGGCGCUGUAACCGAGGAGACCAGUGCAAGUUCUCGCACGAGGUGGCAGAGCGCGGUGGCAAGACCAAGACGCCCACCGAGACCAAGGGUCGCAAGGGGCUCUUCCAGGCUCUGUUGGAGCGGCAGAGAGAAGAUGAGAACCGGCUAGUGAUGGAGGUGAUUAUGCAGCUGGGCCAGGGUGGAUUGUUAGAGGCUGACCCGGAGACUCCGAGCAAUUCCUAG